AUGGCCCGCCGCACCCGUAUGAGCGAGAAGCCGCGUGACGCGUCCGAAUCCACGGCUGUGGAUCGCGGCGGCACGACGAGACCCAAGCCUGGCGGCAAGCACAGGCUCCCUCUGUUCAACCACAACGGCCACCGUGUUACCACUGGAAUCCACCCCGAUGGCGAGAGUGGCCGUAGCGGCAUCCACCCCAUGCAUUUUUUCCGCAUCUGUUUCCGCAGCUCCGCCCCGUGGUCCAAGUACGCCAACAUCCUGUGGCCGGUCGUGCCUGUUGCUAUCAUCAUCGGAUUCCUCAAGCGUCAUGCGCAUUCGGACUACUGGAGCCUUGCCAUCUUCAUCCUGAACUACAUUGCCAUGGUGCCAGCCGCCAACCUGAUCGGCUUUGGUGGAGAGGAACUCGCUCGAAAAAUCCCCAAGGUUAUCGGCAUCGUCAUCGAGACCACGCUGGGCUCCCUUGUCGAAAUCAUCUUGUUCGCCAUUCUGAUCACGAAGCCCGUAACCGAAACCUUUAACCCUGUCCAGAUCAUCCAGGCCGCCAUUCUCGGAUCAGUCCUGGCCAAUCUGUUGCUGUGUAUUGGCGGCUGCUUCUUCGUCGGUGGUUUCAGGCGCGAGGAGCAAGAAUUCCACGAGGCUGUCAGUGAGGUCGGAAGCGGAUUGAUGCUGGUUGCUGGAAUGGCGUUGAUCCUGCCUUCGGCUUACAUCAGCACGCUCCAGAACUCCGAGUAUGCCGGUACCGGGGACUUUGAAUUGGAUGGCCUCAAGAUUAGCCGUGCGACGGCCAUCAUUCUUCUGAUCUCCUACGUGGUCUAUGUAUGGUUCCAGACGCAUUCGCAUCACGGGCUUUACGACGAGGUCUUCGAACACGACGAGCUGAAAGACGAGGAUCGCCACGAGGAUCUUGCCAAGGAGAAGCUCACGUUGACCGAAUGCUUCAUCGCCCUUACCAUCGCCAUUGGCUGUGUUAGCUGCAUUGCGUACCUUCUGGUCGACCAGAUCCACUACAUUGUCGAGGUGCGGCAUGUAAAGGAUGCCUUCGUCGGUCUCAUCCUCAUUCCUGUUGUUGAGAAGGCGGCGGAGCACCUGACGGCCAUUGACGAGGCCUACGACAACCAGAUGAAUUUUGCGCUUGCUCACGUUCUUGGAGCCUGCGUCCAGACGGUCAUGCUGAACACUCCCAUCGUUGUCUUCAUCGGUUGGGGUCUCGGUAAGGACAUGAGUCUGGCGUUUGAACCCUUCCAGGCCAUCGUCCUUAUUCUUGCUAUCCUGGUCGUUGGAAGUUUCCUGCGCGAUGGUAAGAGCAACUAUUUGGAAGGGUUCCUGUGUUUCAUCGCCUACCUCAUCAUUGCUGUCUGUGCCUAUUACUACCCCAACCCGACUCAUGGAGCGUCGAGCGCUGCCGCUGGAGGGGAGUCAACCACGAGCACCGGGCACUGA